AUGCCGGCUAGUUUGAUGGGCUUUGGUUUAUUUCGGUCACUUGCGCGCCACCUAAGUUACCCAUUCAGUCCGGUCGAGAAUGUUCUCGUCCAAACAGUGGCUGGAAGUAUGGCUAUCAUGCCACUGGGCUGUGGUUUCGUAGGAGUGCUGCCAGCGAUGAAUUAUCUCCUCACGCCCGAAGAGCAGGGGCCGAUCACCCUCGAGGCAUGGAAACUCAUUGUAUGGUCUCUUGGUCUCUGCUACUUUGGUGUUGUAUUCGCUGUGCCCCUACGACGACAAGUCAUCAUUCGCGAAAGGCUACGUUUCCCAAGUGGCUUCAGCACAGCGGUCCUCAUCGGAGUGCUCCACGGCAAAGACAAGCCGGCGACAUCGUCCGAAGUAGACUCGCCGGCAGCUGGUGGCUUUGCGAGCCUUGUGCCACCUGCUGACGACGAGACCGAUGAUGCUUCAGAGGAUGCUCCAUCCACGACCUGGGCGGAGAACGUGCGCCUGCUCGCGACAUGCUUCGUAGUAUCAGGGGUCUACACACUCUGUACAUUCUUUUUUCCCUCCAUCCGCAACAUCCCGAUCUUUGGCACCGCUAUAGCUCAGUCAUGGCUAUGGACGCUUAAUCCCAGCCCUGCCUAUAUUGGACAAGGAAUCAUCAUGGGCCCAGAAACAACACUACAUAUGUUGCUGGGUGCUUUUGUCGGCUGGGGCAUUUUGUCGCCACUGGCUAAGUCACGGGGCUGGGCCCCGGGCGCGGUCGGCGACUGGGAGACUGGCAGUAAAGGCUGGAUUCUGUGGACUUCUUUGGCCAUCAUGCUCGCAGAUGCUGUGGUCAACCUAGCACACCUGGUUGUUCGGUCGCUGUUCUCCCGCUUGAACGUCAAUAAGCCCCCCGUCACGCUACGCAGUAGCUUGCGUGGCGUCUGGUCGUUGGCGACAGGUAGUCCGCGCCAGUUUUCAAGGAGAUAUUCCGCCCUCCAAUCAGAAGACUACGACGAUAACGAUCCUCUCCUCGGUCAAAAUGCAUCAUCUGAGUCUUCUGGAUCUGGGAACGGUUCCCGGGACCGUCACGUUCCAGUUGGGGAGGAUGUGGAGGACGCGCCGCCAGAUCAACAAGUUGGCGGCAAGACGGUCACAGUCGGCCUUUUCGCGUCAAUUUUACUGUGCGUAGUUGCCGUACGCAUUGUCUUCGGCAAUCUCGUUCCACUCUACGCCAACAUUGCCGCAGUACUACUAGCACUUGUCCUCAGCAUCAUGGGGGUAAGAGCGCUUGGUGAGACCGAUUUGAAUCCGGUUUCGGGAAUCAGCAAGCUGGCACAGUUGUUCUUCGCCAUAAUCAUCCCACAGUCUCACAAGACCAGUGUUCUAAUCAACCUUGUCGCGGGUGCCGUGUCCGAGGCGGGAGCUUUACAAGCUGGGGAGCUGAUGCAGGACUUGAAGACGGGACACUUGCUAGGUGCGGCACCACAAGCGCAGUUCUACGGUCAGAUCAUUGGGGCCACGGCUGGUGCUGUAGUUAGCGCUUUUGUGUAUCGACUUUAUACCGCGUCAGUAUCCCGGACUGCCUGCAAUUCUUCAAUGGGAAAUGCAAGAAGAACUAAUCCACUGUGUAGCGUCUACCCAAUCCCUGGUAGCCUGCUGCAGGUGCCGACAGCUUACGUAUGGAUAUUCACAGCAAGAUUGGUGACAGGCGAAGGCCUGCCAAAUAUGGCGCGAGAGUGGGCAACUGGCUUCGGUAUUGUCUUUGCAAUUACAACUGCUAUCAGGGCUGCUGUGUCGCCCGAAAAGGGCUGGAGGCCAUUCAUCCCCGGCGGGAUUGCUGUUGCCGUCGGCAUGUAUAAUGUUCCAUCUUUCACGCUCGCGCGAGUUUUGGGUGGUCUGCUCAACUGGUACUGGUCCUCUGGUCGAUUCGGUAGUGGACAAGAUCGAUCAAAAACGUCUCUCAUCGUCCUUGCAUCUGGCUUUAUCCUCGGCGAGGGAUUCCUCAGCGUCGUAAAUCUGAUCCUGCAAACUCUCAGUACGCCUUCUUCGAGCUGA